CGGGAGGCGGAACCGGGAGGAGGAAGGCGAGGGAGGAUCAGGAGGCGGAACCGGGAGGAGGAACCCGAGGAAGGAUCAGGAGGCGGAAUCUGAGCGGGCCCGGUGCCGCAGGAGCUGCGGGCGAGGCCGCCAUGGAGGCAUUUGCGGGAGCGCCUGUGGCCAUCGCCGUGGCCGUGGUGGCGGCGUCGGCGCUGCUGCUGCUGCUGCUCCGAGGGACGGCGCGGAGGCCGAGCGGCCCCGUCACCCUGCAGGACCCGCUGGCCAAGUACCCGCUGCGGCUGCUGGACAAGGAGGAAAUCAGUCACGAUACUAAGAAAUUCAGAUUCGGGCUACCCUCAACGAAUCAUGUAUUAGGAUUACCUGUAGGCCAGCAUGUUUACCUUUCUGCAAAAAUUGAUGGGAAUCUGGUGGUUCGAGCCUAUACCCCCGUUUCCAGUGAUGAGGCAAAAGGUUAUGUUGAUUUAAUUAUAAAGGUCUACCACAAAAAUGUGAACCCCAAGUUUCCAGAAGGUGGGAAGAUGUCCCAGUAUCUAGAUAACAUGAAGAUUGGAGAUACCAUUGAUUUCAGAGGGCCAAAUGGACUCCUGGUCUAUAAGGGGACAGGUACCUUUCUUAUCAAGCCUAAUAAGAAGUCUGAAGCAGAGAAGAAGUUUGCAAAGCACCUUGGGAUGAUAGCUGGAGGAACAGGAAUAACUCCUAUGUUGCAGCUGAUCCGUCAGAUCACAAAUGAUCCUAAGGACUCCACAAAAUGUUACCUCCUUUUUGCUAACCAGACAGAAAACGAUAUCUUGCUGAGAGCUGAGCUGGAAGACAUUGCCAAGAGGCAUCCUGAGCAGUUUGUGCUGUGGUACACCCUGGACAGACCUCCAAAAGACUGGAAGUACAGCUCUGGCUUUGUCACUGCGGACAUGCUGAAAGCCCACCUGCCUCCCCCUGGCAGUGAGACCCUCAUUCUCAUGUGUGGGCCCCCACCAAUGAUUCAGUUUGCCUGUCAGCCCAACCUGGACAAGCUGGGCUAUCCCAAGAGCAGCACAUUUGCUUACUGACACUGAUGGCACCUGGUACCAUUUUUGGAAGUACUGCAUCUUUUUCUACAGGAACAGUUGAUGUGAAAUGCAGCAAUUGUGUGUGUGUGUGUUUUUUAACACCUUGAUAUAAUUUCUAUGGUUUAUAACUUCAUAAUUACAUUGUGUGUUUUAAUACUAAGAAGUUGUGAAGUCAUCUGGAAUUGUAUGGGAGUUACUUAGUCUUACCUCUGGAAUUAGUAUAAAAUAUUAAUUCUGAGGGGGAAAAAAAUAAAGAGGAAAUGUCAUCCA